AUGGUGGAACACGCACUCGUUGAUUGCUCCCAGGCGAGCGCCAUGCAAACCCUGCCGCCUCAGCCACACCGAGAGGAUGAGGAUCAACUCGCCGAUGAGUACGUCCAAAAUUUUGAACUCGACCAUCUCGAAGACCACCAUGUCGUAAAACGCGAGCCUCUGCGCACCGGAUGGAAUGAGCUCGUUGAAGCCCCCCCAGCCUGCGCUCGCGCGUGCCGACCCUGGCCUGACGCGGGACCGUACCCGCAGCCGCAUGUAGCGAUUGCCGUAGACCCCAGCACACCUCCUGAAACACCACCGGCCCCCAUCGGGAGAAGCCCUUGUCGCGCCGCUCUCGUUGAUGAUGUGUUAUGGCUGCCACAUAUGAGAGAACCACUUGAUAUGCGCACUGUACCAUGUGGAAAUUUUGAGGAAUGGGAUCGGCGAGAGUGGAGAGAGCAGGAUCAUCAUGUUCAGCAGGUGGCAUUGAGACCGGCUAGUUCCUGCUCCGCACUUUCUCCGCGCACAAGCCAACACCAGGGUUAUCAGCCUACUUCUUGUGGCGAGGAUCUUAUAAGCGACGACCUACUUAUGACACUAAGCGUUCGCGAGCUCAAUAAGCGCCUGCACGGGUUUCCACGAGAGGAUGUGACACGGCUCAAACAAAAGCGGCGCACGCUUAAGAACCGCGGAUACGCACAAAAUUGCCGCACCAAGAGACUCCAGCACCGGCAGGAACUGGAGCUAACCAACAGGUCAUUGCAAGAUGAGCUUCACCUGCUGCAGCUACAGUUGGCACGCGUCACGCACGAACGCGAUGUGCUGAAGCAGAGGUUGGCGCUGGUGGGCCGCGAGCACGCUGUGCCCCAGCACGCGCCACCUACUCCGCACUCCUCGCCAGAGUUCUUCUCGGAGCUG